AUGAAUUUUAGUAUAAAUUCAACUGCCUUAAAAUUUAGUAUUUUAGAGACAACAUUGAGACAUGUUAUUAAAAAUAGUUUGCCUAAAUGUUCUGGUUCUGAGACAAUAUUGAGCAAGCAUAAAGAAGAGCAACUUGUAGGCUAUUGUAAAAAUAUGCAGAUGUUAGGUGAAAAACCAUUAGCUCCAGAAAUAUUCUUUUUAAUAAUUCAUAAAUAUUUUACUCAAAAUGGAAUAGAACUAUUAAAAAUAAAUCUUAAGUUUCUUGGAAAGGAAAUCAAAAUACUAAAAAAUGAAAAUGAAUCAUUGAAGUGUAAACAUAAAUUAAUAAGUAAAGAGCUAGAGACUUUUAAUAAUCCUGAUACUUGCCUAUUAAAAAUAGUGCUUAAAUAUCCUGCUUCUUGUCUUUCAUUACAACCUAAUAAACCAGAUCCAACUAAAUUAGAAAAGACAGAAGAACUAGCCAGAACAAAAGUUAAAAACAUGAAAAGAAAAAAAGAAGUUGCAGCACAAAAAUGA